UUUUUUUUCUAUGUUUACAGACAGUAAAAUGAACCUGAAGAGGUAUUUCAUUAGAGCGCUGCAUCGCCUCCAGAAGGGCCCUGGAUACACGUACAAAGAACUAUUGGUCUGGUACUGCGAUAACACCAACACGCAUGGGCCUAAACGCAUCAUCCGAGAGGGGCCAAAAAAGAAAUUCAUCUGGUUUUUCCUGACUCUCCUCUUUGCGUCGCUAGUCUUCUGGCAGUGGGGGAUCCUCAUAAACACAUAUCUCUCCUAUAACGUCACCUCAUCUCUCUCCAUCGGAUUUAAGACCAUGAAGUUCCCGGCUGUCACGGUGUGCAAUGCCAACCCCUUCAAGUACUCAAAGGUGAAGCAUCUGUUGAAAGAGAUGGACAAGCUGAUUGAUGCGGCCCUGGAAAGGAUCCUCCAGUGUGGACAACAGGACCCGUUUUCCCCCCUGGCAGUGAACAGCAGCGAGAACGGCUCGCAGGUGCUGGACCUGCAGCUGUGGAACCAGCUCCCCUUGGUUCUGAUUGACGAGAGCCACCCCGACCAGCCCAUCAUCGACAUCUUCACGACCAACCGGACCGGCGCCGGGACCCAGCACAACAGCUCCUCUCCCAGCGCAUCCAACAGCACGGCAGAAGCCAAGAAGUACAAGGUGGCCAUGAAGCUGUGCAGGGAGAAGGGCACCAGCUGUGUCUACAAGAACUUCACCAGUGCGGCCCAGGCAGUGAUGGAGUGGUACGUGCUGCAGUCCACCAGCAUCUUCGCAAAAGUCCCCCUGGAACAAAGAAAACAGAUGGGCUACCAGGCCGAGGACAUGAUCCUGGCCUGUCUGUACGGGGCAGAACCCUGCAACCACAAGAACUUCACCCAGAUCUAUCACCCAGAUCAUGGCAACUGCUACAUCUUUAACUGGGGCAUGGACCAGGAAGCCCUCAUUUCUUCCAACCCUGGAGCAGAAUUUGGGCUGAAGCUCAUUCUGGACAUCAGUCAGCACGACUAUAUUCCCUACCUGACAUCUGCGGCCGGGGCCAGGCUGAUGCUGCAUGAACAGAAGAGCUUCCCGUUCCUUAAAGACCAGGGCAUCUAUGCAAUGUCUGGGACAGAAACCUCCAUCGGCGUGUUAGUGGAUGAACUCGAGCGGAUGGGUUACCCCUACAGCGACUGCACUCUGAAUGGGACCGAUGUCCCCAUAAAAAAUCUGUACAAGGGAUUCAACACCUCCUACUCCAUACAGGCCUGUCUGCGCUCCUGCUUCCAAGCUCAGAUGGUCGAGAACUGCGAGUGCGGUCACUAUCUGUUCCCUUUGCCCAAAGGGGUGAAUUAUUGCAACAACGAUGAUAACCCAGACUGGGCCUAUUGCUAUUCUUCACUGAGAUCAAGUAUAAGACACAGGCAGUUUUGUAUUGACUCUUGUAAGGAAACAUGCAAUGACACACAGUACAAAAUGACCAUCUCGAUGGCAGACUGGCCGUCUGAGGCUUCAGAGGACUGGAUUUUCCAUAUUUUGUCGUAUGAAAGGGAUUUGUCAACAAACGUGACUCUGGACAGACACGGGAUCAUCAAGCUCAACAUUUACUUCCAAGAGUAUAACUACAGAACCAUCUCGGAAUCGGCUGCUACAACCAUCGUCUGGCUGCUGUCCAGCCUGGGAGGCCAGUUUGGGUUCUGGAUGGGGGGCUCCGUGCUGUGCCUCAUCGAGUUCGGAGAAAUCAUCAUCGAUUUCCUGUGGAUCACCAUCAUCAACGGCAUCAGCUGGUGCAAGGGCCUGAAGCAGAAGCGUGCCCAGGCUCACUACCCCAACGCCCCUCCAACCGUGUCGGAGCUCGUGGAGGCUCACAUCAAUUUGGGCUUCCAGUACGAGGACGGCAGCGUCACCCCUGGCAGUGACAACUGCUGCAGUGGACGGCUCCCCCCCGAGCCCGGCACACCUCCCCCUAACUACGACUCACUGCGCGUGCAACCCCUGGACGUCCUCGAGCUGGGGUGCGACACAGAGCCAGAGUGAGCACAACUCCUUCUGGGGCCUGGUCCGGCUUGACACAGCCCCUGCAAGUCACGGAGCAACACUCUGUUAGUUCUCCAGUUUUGCUCAGUUAAACACUUCCCAGUUGCUCCCCUCCGAAACCCCCCCCCUCCUUCCCCACCCGCAAAUAAAAUGUUCAUUGUAAAGACC